ACACAUCCCUCGUUUCAUCUUCUUGAAAAGAAAAAUCUGCACUCUUCCAAAACACGAAAGAUCCAAAAAAACUAGUCUUGUCAAUGCACCGAAAUCCCUGUAAGUUCUGUUCUCCAUCCUUCGUAGGAAUUUUCUUCAAAGUUCAAGUACAUUAUCAACUAGAUCUGGUUCGAAUUUCUUGAGAACUGACAUUUUUGGACGAUCCAAGGUUAAUUUUUUCAACAUUCUCGUUAAAGGUACUGUUCUUUAUGAAUCCAUAGGUUCUGAUUUCGGUUUAGGUUGUUUUGUUUGAUCAUUUCAGUUAUUGGGUUCUGAUUCUUUGCUUUCGAACUUUGUUCGUUUGAGUUCUUGUCGAAUUUGAGUUACAUUUGAUCCAUUUUAUGAUUCUAGAACCCUGGAUUGAUACCUUAAGGUAGAUUCCCAUCAGUUUGCUUCAUGAGAUUAACGCUAGAAUUUGUGUAAUCUGAGCUUCUUGGGUUUUCGAUGGUAGAAUUAGGUUUUAUGUGCCUAAUCUGGAAGACCCAUUUCGGAUUUUUGUUUCGAUUGGCCAAAACCUGACCUAUUGAUAUCUGAUGAGACGCCGCCCGGCGGCGAGCAAUCCUCUUGACCUAAUGGAGAAGGCUACCGGAAAGAAUCAACGGUCCCGUCUUUUUUGGCUACUGUCUUUGUCUGUCUUGUUCUGGUUAUUACUCUUCUACUUCCAUUUUGUCAUAAUUGGAGGUGGUGGUGGUGGUACCGUUGAUGAAUACAUGAAACUAGAGCCUAAUCCAUCGCAAAGCCAGCAACCCAAGGUGCAACCCAAGGCGCAACCGAAGGCUCCUCGUUUGCCGAAAAACUAUCCGUUCAUGCGGGCUUUGAGAACAGUAGAGAACAAGAGCGAUCCUUGUGGGGGAAGGUACAUCUAUGUCCAUGACCUUCCUCCACAGUUCAAUGAGGAUAUGCUCAAGGAGUGCAAGAGUCUCAGCCUCUGGACCAACAUGUGUAAAUUCACAACCAAUGCAGGGCUUGGCCCUCCACUGGAGAAUGUUGAAGGGGUUUUCUCUAAAACUGGAUGGUAUGCCACCAACCAGUUUGCUGUGGAUGUAAUCUUUAGCAACAGGAUGAAGCAGUAUGAGUGUUUGACACAAGAUUCUUCUAUUGCUGCUGCCAUCUUUGUCCCAUUUUAUGCUGGUUUGGAUAUAUCUCGCUAUCUUUGGGGUUACAACACUUCCGUUCGAGAUGCAUCUUCUCUUGCUUUGGUGGAUUGGCUUGUCAAGAUACCAGAGUGGAAUGUUAUGGGUGGAAAGGACCAUUUCCUGGUUGCUGGCCGAAUAACUUGGGAUUUCAGAAGAUUAUCUGAUCAAGAUUCUGAUUGGGGAAGUAAGCUUUUGUUUCUUCCAUCUGCGAAGAACAUGUCGAUGCUGGUGGUCGAAUCGAGUCCAUGGAAUGCCAAUGAUUUUGCUAUACCAUACCCUACCUACUUCCAUCCAGCAAACGAUUCUGAAGUCUUUUUGUGGCAGGAUCGUAUGAGGAAAUUGAAGAGGCCAUGGCUUUUCUCUUUUGCUGGAGCUCCACGUCCUGGCAAUCCCAAAUCAAUUAGAGGGCAGAUCAUUGAACAGUGCAAGAAUUCCAAGGUUGGUAAGCUAUUGGAAUGUGAUUUUGGGGAGAGCAAAUGCCAUUCUCCAAGCAGUAUUAUGCAGAUGUUCCAGAGUUCUCUGUUUUGCCUUCAACCUCAAGGUGAUUCUUACACUCGAAGAUCAGCAUUUGACUCCAUGUUGGCUGGUUGUAUACCUGUCUUUUUCCAUCCUGGCUCAGCUUACACACAGUACACAUGGCAUCUGCCAAGAAAUUAUUCGAAGUACUCAGUGUUCAUCCCUGAGGACGAUAUUCGUAAGAAGAGAGUUAGCAUUGAGGAAAGGCUUCUCCAAAUUUCUCCAGAGCAGGUUAAGAUAAUGAGGGAGGAGGUUAUAAGCCUCAUUCCAAGAUUGAUAUUUGCAGAUCCAAGGUCAAGAUUGGAGACUCUUAAAGAUGCAUUUGAUGUAGCAGUGCAGGCUGUUAUUGACAAAGUUACCAAGUUGAGAAAGGACAUCAUUGAAGAUCGUGAGGAUCACAACUUUAUUGAGGAGAAUGCUUGGAAGUACGCACUGCUAGAGGAAGGACAACGUGAAGUGGGGGCUCAUGAAUGGGACCCUUUCUUCUCAAAACCAAAGGAUAAUGGCAAUUCAGAUGGUUCGUCUGCAGAAGCUGCUAAGAAUUCUUGGAAGAAUGAACAAAGGGAUAAAACAUGACUGGAGGAGAAGAAACUUCAUCAUAUAAAUUCCAGUCAAGCCUGAUUCUUGCGGUCAGGAGCUUGAACAAUCCUAGCUCCGCGAGUGAGAGAUGCGGAUGGCACGUAUCAUACCUAGUGAGAACCUUAUGAUGAAACUUUUGAGAACUUGCCAUCAUUCUUCUCAUACCUGUGUUCAACCUUGUUUACAUGUAAACGUGGGAGAAUUGUUCUCCACAUUCGAAAUAAUUUGGUUUCAGUAAAAAUCAGAUUCAUUCCAUUUUGCAUUAUAGUAUGUAUUUAGUUAUUCUUUGUAACGUUUCUUACACAAGUAGACUGUGAUCGUCUGUUCCUUGA